AUGGCAGAUGAUAAGGUCCGACGACAGCGCAUGUGGACGAGCAUGCAGCAAAGAGGCUUCCGGGACUUCCUACAGCAACGCCCGGAGGAUUUCAAGCGCCGGGCCAGGAAGGGCGUGCCAGCCGACGUCCGAGCAGAGGUGUGGCGGGCGGUGCUGAACAUCGAUGGGCACACGAAGCCUGGCUUGUACCAGGAGCUGCAAAAUUCGGACAAUGAGUGGAUCCACCUGAUUGAGAUCGACGUGCCGCGAACAUUUCCAGAGAAUCCUGCCUUUGAUGAGGUCCAGCAGAGAUGUCUCCUUCGCAUCCUAAAGGCCUAUGCCAACCUUUGUGCCGACGUCGGCUACUGCCAGGGAAUGAACUUCGUGGUGGGUCUGAUUUUCCUGGUGGUGCAGGGCGGGGAGUUCAAAGAGCCCACACCCGAGAUGGAAGAGGACACGUUCUGGAUGUUCUUCUGUCUCAUGGAGUUCGGGCAGCUGAACGGGUUUUACCGCCGCGGAUUUCCACUCUUGAAGAGGUACCUGUGGGCCUUCGACGAGCUCAUAGCCAAGUCGCUCCCAGAGUUGCACGAACACUUUUGCAAGGAGAACCUGCAGCAUUCGGUGUACCUGCACCAAUGGUUCCUGACCCUCUUCAUCAGCAGCCUACCAUUGCCCAUGGUGCUUGUGCUGUGGGAUGCUAUUAUCUGCGGGGGCCUUGCAGAGAUCCUGCCGAUAUCCAUAGCCGUGCUGCAGCUGCUGCAGCAGACGCUUCUUUCCAUGAAGUUUGAAGAGGUUGUGAGCUUCUUCCAGUCGUUGAAGAGUCGUGAACAGGAAGAUUGUGACUUCGAGAGUAUCGGCCGAAUUGCGGUCAUCAGCAGCGGCAGCUUCUGCAUCCCCAAGCACGUCGCGGAUGUGCUGCGCAGACCGCUGCCGCUGACUUCCGACCACCUCAUGGAGCGCUCGCCGCAGUCACCCACGAAGCGCAUGCUGGACUCGGACGAGGACAUGACCACAACUGCAAACACAACCACCGUCAAUUCGCCUUGCAGCACAGCCGCCAGCAGCGAGGGCGUGCUGCGUGACUACCUGCGCCAGAUCAACCAGGGCCUCAGCUGGUGGGCCGAGUCCAAGCCUUCGCGGGCAUGA